AUGAGUAAAGGAAGAUCCCCGUACGUCCAUUUAGUGGCUGGAGGGUAUGUUAGUUUGAAAAGAGAUGUGUUUUCCUUUAUUUGAUCGUUUAAAAUACACAUGCCAUAACAUCCCGCCAACCGUUGUUUUGCUUGAACGAAUCCGCAAUUUUCUGCGAGUGAAUUCGUGCCUCACAGAGUGUGCGAUUUUCCAUCUCUCCGUGAAAGUAAGCCAUGUGUUAUCGAGAAAUGUAGUACUGUGAAGUAAGAGUCUAAGAUUCCUUACGAAAAUAUGAGAAAUUGGGAAACGUGUGCCUAUGAUUACACAAGCGCUUUUAAAGUAGUGUGUCUGAAACAAUGGAGCUUUUUUUUAACGCAUCCGUUAAUGUUAUAUGUUUGAUAUUAGUAGAAAUCCACCUUAAGUAACGCUUCCCCUUGAUAAGUCCCCGUCAUUUCAUCGAUCACGGGUGAAUUUCCGAAUGUAAACUCUAUUUUAACUUGCGACGCUGUUGUUGAAGGGUGCGUUCCUACGAGUGGAUGCUACUAAUUUUGUAGAAGAUGAAAAUGCAAGAAGGAACAAGCUUAACUAAUUUUGUUUUUCACUCUUUUCAGUAUUGGAGGCACCGUUGGUGCUACAUUGACGUGUCCUCUGGAGGUUGUAAAGACGAGAUUGCAGGUACGAUUAUCCAAAACUAUCAAAAACUCCUAUAAGACAUAAAAUAUAUCUUAAAGCUUUUUUUAACCAAGAGUCGCAUUCGCCUGUUUGCAAUAUUUAUUUGCAAUUUGUUUAUGAAUUUUCAUGGCCUGCUUUCCAUGCUAUCUUCAAUUCUUGCGAAAGCGCGCUAUUGCAAAUGGGACGAAAUCGAGCUCACAUUACCAUUUGAAGUAAUAACUUGUCUGGAUAUGAUUGAAACUCUUUCGCAAUCAAAGUUGUUAAGUUUGUUUUCAAGCAGACCUUCUCAAAGUAAAAUUACUGGCUACCUUAUUUACUUUGUGGGAUUGCAUUACUAUCAUGAGUGCGAGUCUAACUCGGAUGACAGGCACGUUUUUUGGGACUGACCUGGUUUACGCAUUUUAAGAAUGACUUGAGUCGUGACUUGUUAAUAAUCCUGUCUUAUGUAGAGUCCUUUUCACUGGUCUGGCUUGGUUUUCAGAAUGUUACCUUGCCACUUUUCCCUCUUUCAGAAUUUCAAUUUGUUACUGUGAAUAAAAAAGGCAAGUGGGCCAUAAGGCUGCAAUAGGUCACGUUUUUAAUACCCAAGGCUGGUGUCAAAGCCCUGUCUGUGUGUUAGUUGGGGUAGCCAAGCUUUAACUUCCAUACAUGAAUAAAUUUGGUUGACCUGAAUAUCAGCUCUGUGACUGUUCCAAUGUAGAUUAUACACAAAAUAUAAUAUCUUGAGCAGGCAGCCUUGAUUUCUGAUCUGUUUAUGCAAUAGGUCACGUUUUUAACACCUAAGGCUGGUGUCAAAGCCCUGUCUGUGUGUUAGUUGGGGUAGCCAAGCUUUAACUUUCAUACAUGAAUAAAUUUGGUUGACCUGAAUAUAAGCUCUGUGACUGUUCUGAUGUAAAUUAUACACAAAAUAUUAUAUCUCGAGUAGGCAGCCUUGAUUUCUGGUCUGUUUAGAAGAGGCCUUGAGAUUGCAUCUGUAAAACUCAACAGAAACUUUUCAUGACAAACUGUGUGCUACAAAUGAAUAAAGGGGUAAGUUUCUAAAGAAACUGUGGUGCUGCGUCGGUGGGAGAGUAUAGCAGGUAAUUUAGUGUUAACAACUGAGUUGAAAAUGUAAAUUAGCCACCGUAAAGGGUAAAAAAGCUGACGUUUCGAGCGUUAACCCUUCGUCAGAGCGAUUAGAGGAAUUGUGGGUUGUGUGUGGAUUUAUAUGUAGAAAGUGGAGCUACGCCAUUGGUGGGAAUAUGGUGACGAGAAAACAGGAAUAAAUUAGUUGAAUGAAUCAACAAGCGCUUUUCAUGGUGGCUAAUUUACGUUUUCAACCCAGUUGUUAACACUAAUUUACCUGUGUGCUACAAAUGACAUGCUGUUACUAGCCUCAUCAUUGAGAACAGUCUUUCUUGUUCAGUCCUCAGUUCCAACUUUUAGACAUGUUCUGUACCCAUCUGCAACCGGUCCUGGUGGUAUUUGGAGUAUUCCAGUGGAGAUCAGUUACUCAAGACCUGUUGGUAUUCUGUCCUGUUUAAAACAUAUCACCCAAACAGAAGGUUUGGCAGCCCUGUUUAAGGGCCUUGGGCCUACAUUAGUGGGAGUAGCUCCUUCUAGGGCAUUGUACUUCACAGUGUAUGCUAAAGCUAAACAAGUGCUCAACAGAAGCGGCUUUGUGUUUCCAGAAAGCAAACUAGUACAUAUUGGAUCUGCUUGUUCGGCAGGUAUGUUCUAACAAAAUUUCGUAAACUAGUAUCUUGUUAGGCUUGGGUCUUUCCUCUCACGGCAUGGAAAACUUUGUCAACUGAAGUAUAAGGCUUCACAGUUGAUAAAUGCAUUAUCCAUUGUGCAGCAUUUGAUUUUAUCAAAAGUUUUAUUCAAUUUCUUUUUCGAAAAUGCUGUUUGUAUUUGCAUUAUACUAAGUGACUUCUUUCUAUACAGGGAUUGUGACUUCAACUUUAACAAGUCCACUUUGGGUCGUCAAGACAAGACUACAAUUAGACAAUAGGUAAAAAACUGAAUUAUAUUCUCAAACAGGUCCCACUCAUUGUAAGGGGAAAUAAGGAGCAUGUAAGCUGUAAGCAGUGAUUUUGAAAAUUAUAAUUCUUCCUUGGAAUCUUACUAAUAAAAUAAAGAGCUGGAGCAGGUUGUUAAAAGCUGGUUUACGAUAACCCAGGGUUGGUCUGAAAUUUGAUUUCAGAUCUAAAAGAAAAUUCAUUAAAAGUCCGUUUGUGUACAAUUUGAUGAUUGAAUGCUCUAAAAUGAAUUAAGAAAAGUAUCCCAAAACAGCUUUUAAACAGAGAAAAAUAGAAACCUGGAUUAAAAUAAAACCCUGGGCCAGGUUGUUUGAAGCUGGGUUAAGAUAACCCAGGGUUAGUGUAAAAUCUGAUUUCAGGUCUGAAAGCUUAAAAAAAAUUCAGUUGAAUUUCUUUUUGUUUAGAAUAUGACUAUUUGAUGCCCUAAAGAGAACACAGAAAAUUAAUCCAAAAGGACUUUUGAAUAAAGAAACCCAGAUUACAAUUUAACCAUGGGUCAGUGCUAAUCAGCCUUUGAUCAACUGAGUCCUGGGCUUCAUUGUAAUUUGUUUGUUUCUAUUUCAGGGCUUCCAAGGGUCAAGUAUUGAAACUUAUCCAGAAUAUAUGGAAGGCUGAUGGAAUAAAAGGUUUCUAUAGAGGACUCACUGCAACUUAUGUUGGUGUUACAGAAACUGUUAUUCACUUUGUAAUUUAUGAACACAUUAAAGCUGAAGUACAAAGACAUCGUUUUAAAUUGAGAGGCACUCACGACAAGAACAUAGUGGACUUUUUGCAAUUUAUGAUGGCUGCUGCAAUGUCAAAGUGCAUAGCAUCUGUUGUAGCAUAUCCACAUGAAGUUAUCAGAACUCGACUUCGACAGAAAGAAAUAGAUGGAAAAAGAAGAUAUCAUUCAUUCUUCCAGGCUUUCAGGAAAAUACUGCGAGAGGAAGGAAGAGCAGGACUUUAUGGUGGACUAGGAACUCACCUUCUUCGUCAAGUUCCAAACACUGCAUUAAUGUUUCUGACUUAUGAGGCUGUCGUAAAUUUUUUCUCUAAAGAAGAUUCUUUAUAAAUGGUUAUUUAUCGUUUGAUAUUCUGGUUAAGUUAGAUUAAUUUAUUAAUUCUAAGAGCACUCAGUAAAGAAGGGCAUAAAAAUCAAGGAAAGUGUGGUUUGAAAUUUUCUUGUAAACUGGGUAGCCAACAGUUAAUGCCUAUUCUUACUGCUGUUCUAAAACCUAUGUAGUUAUUGUACAGAAUACAGGUGGAAUAAUGAAUCUGUACAAUCUUGAGUGACUUGUUUACUAUAAUUUCGGCAAAUGAAUUUGAUUGCACAAGUAUUUUUUGAGUUUCAAAGCAAUCCAUUUAAUAAGUAGACUGAAAGUUUACUUUAAAAAAUUGUAAAUACUGAUUUUAUACAUUUGUAAAGAAGAGACUACCUGAAUAUGUUUGUUUUACUGAAAAUAAUUUUAUCUUUUCAAAGUCAUAUUUAAAAUUGUAACCGUUGACAAAUAAGAGCAAACAAACCUAUGAACUAACUUAAAUAAAGGUCAAC